GGUAUAAUGCAUAAAUGCAUAAGUAAAUCCAAUGUUGUACAAAUGGGGAACAUACAAGCCCUAACUAAUUCACGCCAUCACUGAAAGAAAUAUGCAAACCUUCAAUCCGCUUACCAUCACCUUCUAUUACUUCAUGAACAACAAUAUAAGAUGGGAGAAAUCAAUCAAAUACAAAAUCAAUGAAAGAAGCAAUGACGAACCCACCUAUUACCAAUAUCUCUAUCAUGAUGGUGAAAGAUAUGCCAUCCACGAAACCAUAGAUGGAGAAUAUAAAGUAAGAUUCACAAAUGAAUUCUAUAAGUAAAUUGCUUCUGUAUAACUAGAGUCAAUCCUGAGAAAAUAGAAGAUUGGGUUACCACUGUUGUUAAUAACGAUGCCUUGGUCGGAGAUGAUGAAUACAUCAGUCUAGUGUACUCUAUUGCAAUCGAGAAGUUGAAUCAAGAAAAAACUGAUCUCAGAAAAUUACAAGUUGAAGAGGAAGGAGAUUCUCUCAAAGUACUUUUCAUCUCAAAUUCUAGAUUACUAUUACAACAGCCCAACAAGUAAAUUAUAUUUAUGUGGCCUUGGAAUCCAAUGGCAAACAAGUCAAUCUAAAUCAAAAUGACAACUUCGGGUAUUCUUUGCAAUUUCAGAAUCCUACCUUAAAUUACAAUUUGAGAACUCUCCUAUAUGGUGAAUUGAGAAAAACCAAAGAAGACAUCCCUUUCAAAUUCAAUAAAACUGUUGAUUAAGAAUAAGGCAAUAUCGUCUUCGUUUAGUACGUAGCUAAAAGAAAUGAAUUGUUUAAAUUUUAACUAAGAUACAUGCAACGAGAGAUAUCAGUAUCAAGUGACUACUUUUUUGAUGCUAGAAUAUUAAAGAAAUUGGACAACAUGAAUUUCUUCUCUUAAUUCAAUAGAACUUUCAAUAAAAUACCAUUAAGUAUAAAUAUGAAAUUUAUAGAUUCUAGAGAACCCAUUCUAUCUAUCGUGUUCAAUCAGUUCAUUUGCAAAUCUAAUUGGAGGGUUUGCCACUUCUUUUGGAAAUAUAGAAUGCGAAGAAGCUAAUCCAAUUUGUUCACAAUAAAAGAUGAUGUUUACUCCAACUCCUUCUAGAUUUGGAUUCCCCAGACCCUUUUUAUGGGAUGACGGAUUCCAUAAUAUGAUUGUAUGUAGAUGGAAAUCUCAAUUGUGUAUCUAAUCUUUGUUAGAUUGGUUUGAUACAAUGUCAGGCAAUGGAUGGAUACCUAGAGAAUAAGCGAGAGUAAUAUCUUACAUCUUAACUUCAAGAGUCCUGAAUAGAAAACAGCAGUGCCUUAAGCAUUCCUAGCCUAAAAAUAAAGCGAAACUAAUCCGCCUACUUUUAUCUUUAACUUCCUCUAUCUUGAUUGUAAAUACCAUUGAUUAUAAAUUAGCCUUGAAAAACGGGGAAAUACAGCAAUAGGUUAGAAAAUUAUACACAAAAGCAAUAGAUUGGUAUCAUUUUUGGAUUAAGUCUCAAGGAGUAAAUGAAGGUGACAAUUUCUUAUUAUUCAAAUGGUGGGGAAUGAAUGAUAAUAUUAAUUUUGGAUCAGGAAUGGAUGACUGGCCAAGAUCGCAUAAUGGAUUGAAAAGCAAAUUCAAUAUUGAUGCUAGUAUGUGGGGCUGGUUUUUUGCUGAUUCAAUGCAAAAAUUAGCUACUAUAUAUGAUCCACAAAAAAGCAAUCAAUUUCAUUAAACUGCUGAAAUGAUCAAGAAGUCUAUUAAUAAAUAUCAUUUUGAUCCAGAUGAUAAAAUAUUUAAAGAUGUUUUAAUUGAUGGAUCAUUUUCUCCUCAUCUUGGAUAUCCUAAUCUAUUUCCAAUUGCUUUUGGAUUUGUUGAUCCUACAAAAACAGACAUCUUGGAUGCCUAUGUGAAUAUGAUUAAAAAAGAGUUGUGGACUAAUCAUGGUCUUCGAUCUUUGAGCAUUAAUGAUAAUCAUUUCGGAAAAGUUAUUGAUGCUAUUAACUAUUAUAGGGAGACAACUAUUGGACUGGACCAGUUUGGAUUCCAAUUAAUUAUUUAGUUCUCAGAGGAAUCUAAAAGUAUUAUUCGACACAUAAAGGAUUAAUGGAUCUCUAUAAGGAACUUAGAGAGAAUUUAAUGAAUACUGUUUGCAUUAAUUGGAGAGAUAGAGGGUAACACUAUCACACAUAUUCUAGAUACUUCUUUGAACAUUAUAACCAAAGAUAAGAUGGACUUGGAAGAGGAUACCAUCCCUUUAAUGGAUGGACUAGCACAAUUACAUUAAUUAUACACGAAAUAUAUGAUUGAG